GAUUAUUAUGAAUUAUAUCUAUGAAUCAAGCUUAUAGAAAAUUUCAUUAAUCACGUAUGCAUAUUUUAUUAGUAUUUUUUUAUGUCCCUUACAAAUAACUCAUGUGUUUAAAAUGAUGACAAUUAUUGAACAUGUCACGUGUAGGGAGAGAUGUAUGAUUCUUUUUUUUUUUUUUAUUUCAUUCUUUUCUACUUUAAAAAAAAUAUAUCUAUGCAUUUAUGCAUAUUAUUCUUCACUCUUUAGAUUUUUCUUUUUGUAUCAGACGUGAACGAUUUAUUGGUUCCACUGGAUGCACCACGAGUAUUUCGUUCGCCUGUAUGGCAAUAUUAUAAGAAAAUUUAAAAAUGAUCGUCGCUUAUACAUUCUUAAGAUUUUUGUCUUCUAUGCAAUAUUACAAAUUUCAUGAAUUUAUAUUAAAAAUAUAAUCAUCUUUAUCACGUAUAAUACUGUAAAACUGAUAAUUAAACAAUCACAAACAGUAGGCUUACAUAAUAAUCAAACAUCAAAGAUUCUAUAACAUCCAAAAAAUUUUUCCAAGUAAAUAAAAAUUUUUUUCCACAUGACUGAUAUCUUAAAAUGCAUAUUUGGAGUUGAAGAAGUUCAAUGAAAAAAUAUCUAGAAUUUUAUUAAAUCAUUUGUGUGUGUAUGUAUGUCUUUAAAAUUAAAGUAGAUAAUUGAAAAAGUAAUAAUGAGAUGUUGUAUGGAUAUAUAUUGGCUAACAUUACGUUACUUUUUUGGCAUUUAGACAUUUGUUUAUGUAGGAAGAUUGGCAAUAUGCUGAUGGUUAGUAGCGUCGCGACGCUUCAAGUUGUGUGGUCGCGUUGAGACUACAUCUUGAUUAUAGUUAGGUUAUUGGUCAUGCGGUCUUCAUUGGAAGCUUCGCGCCAAAUUUUCGAGUUUGAAGAGCUGGUAUCUCAUUUAGAUCACAUUAACGAUUUUCAUAAUAGUGGUGAAAACAAUUUAGUUAGCUCGUGUCAACGUUCCAUAAAUCAACAACUUGUGUCUUCCUCUCCAGUGAAAACAUCAACAUAUGCUCAUCCAGACAGUUCAUUUUCUUUCCCACGUAACCAUAGAGAAGAUUCUAAACGUAUUCACAUCAACAUUGGUAUUGAUGAGGACUUGCGAAUGAUUCUUGAAAUGGAUCCUUCAAUAGUUGAUCGACAUCUGCCACCUUCUGCAUCAUCGAUUACCACUACACUCACAACAGAUCAAUCAAUAAACACAAGGAUAUCAAAUACUUGGACUUCACCUUCUCAAUCAACACAUCAUGCUCGACUUCAAGGCUGUCCUCCAACAUUUAAAACUGCAACACCAACAUCACGAACGCAAUUAAAACUUCAAUUGAUGCGAGAGCAGCUUCAAGAACAAGAAAGGAGAGAAGCAGAAUUUCGUCAAAGUUUACAGCAGCAAAGACCAGUAACAGCAGCCCCAAAACCUGUCCCUAUUACCCAACUCACAACGAUUGGAGUUGAUGUUCCACCUCAAGUGCUUCAAGUGAAAACAAGACUAGAAAAUCCAACUCGAUAUCAUGUAGUGCAGAAGCAGAAGAAUCAAGUGAGACAGUAUCUUCAUGAAUCUUUUCGGUCAGUUGACGAUCAAGUUUCACAGAGAAUUACGAGUUCUAGUUAUGGCAGUGAUGGUGGAGACGGUAGUAGUGGCUUUACACCGAUUGACACAGGAUCAUUGCAGGGACCUAUGGUAGUGCAAAGUGCUCCUCCGGGACCAAUGGUUCAUCAACCAGAACCACAACAACCCCAUCUUGCCUCUUACCCACACACAUCUUCACUACUAUCUCAGGUAUCUGGUGUUUCUGUCAGCCCUGAUCCAACUAACGGAGCUAUGUCUCCAGGACUUUCCAGUGUAGCUACUAGCAAUUCAGAGGCAGAAGAUCUACUAGAUGAUAUUCUAUCAUUCGAAGCUGGUUCUCUUGGAGACGGAUUAAAAGAUGGGCAUGUUGGAAGUCUCACAAGUUUACCAGAUUUACAAAUAAAACCAGAACCAUUACUACUCACUGAUGCAGAAAUCCACGCGUUAGCAAAGGACCGUCAGAAAAAAGACAAUCACAAUAUGAUUGAACGAAGACGGAGAUUUAACAUCAAUGAUAGGAUCAAGGAACUUGGUACACUUUUACCAAAAACUAAUGAUCCGUACUAUGAAAUAGUCAGGGACGUAAGACCAAACAAGGGAACGAUAUUAAAGUCCUCAGUAGAGUACAUAAAACUCCUGAAAAAUGAGCUCUUGCGAAUGAAACAGAGUGAAACGAGGCACAAGCAACUUGAGCACCAGAAUCGUCGGCUUCUGCUGCGCGUUCAAGAACUUGAGCUUCAAGCAAAAGCUCACGGGCUUCCAGUGACGGAUUUCAAUUGGGCUUCCACGUCUGUUAGUGCUGUCAACUCCUUCUCCAGAAGUAAACACGACCGACGAAAAAUGCCAGAUGUCGUAUCAGAGGAACCAACAGUCCUGGGCUUGGCACAAUUUGAGGAUCUAAUGGAAGACGAUGCAGGAGGCCCAGUACAUGGAGGUGAUCCAAUGCUGUCGUCUCCACAUUUACCUCCCCUUAGUCCGCCUGCACCCGCUUGUCAUCAUUCUCUACCAGAUGAGGAGACUCUUGGCAGUCUUGCACCUACUACAUCAAAUUCGUCAUCCGAAAUGGAUAUAGUAGCGUAGUCUAAAGUCUUGACAGUCUCCAACUAUUUUCUCUCAAGAGAGACAAAUAAGGACACCAAAAGUCAAAUUUUCAAGUACUUUAAAGUAUUGAACGUCUACAUACCUCAAAGAAUGAACCCUCUUACUUGUUCUGGUGAAGUACACCUGAGGAUAGUGAUAUCAAUGAUUUGUUGAGCGGGUGAAUGCAUUCUGGACACUGUUAAAUUGGAAAUGGUACUUUGACUAGGGAAGAGUGAAGAGGAAGAAGAGGAAUGACUCACUGAUCGACAAUUGGUCAACAAUUGGCUUUCAGCCUGAUCGAAUUUCACCAGGAAUUCCACUCUUCGUUAUUCUCCAAGUUCCUCUUGGACUUUGUCAUUUUAUCUAUUUCUACUUAACCUUUGCGAACGUUUGAGGUUUUUAUCGAAUAUAUUUCACACUUUUUCAUACCUUUUUCUUUUCACGUGAAAAAGACAAUAAUGUAUUCGCACGCAGGACGUGCGCUUUACGAUCAUUUUUUGUUCUUUUAUGUUCUUAUGACUUUUUAACUCUUCCAAAGUUUACCUUUAAAAGAAGAAUAUAAAAAAUUGAUGUUAUUUGUACGGUAUCAAAAUAAGCGAAUGAUACAGCUAUAAAGACAUUACAUGCACUUUUUAGACACCCAUAAAAACGUGAGAAAUACAAUAUCCAGGGUUAACAGAGCUAAGAUAUACAGUUGGCAAUAAAUUCAGUGUAUUUCAAAAGUCGUAGAUGUUAUUGCGAGUAGAUUUACGUUAAGCUGGUGAAUUUUACGGCAGAAUGAAAGUGUUCUGAGGAAGAUUUCUACUAUAUAGCGUGGAACUUUGCUUAUCCCUUGACUUUUGAUUGCUGUUUAGAAAUUAUUUAUCAUUUUAGAAAAUUAGUUGAAAUUUAUAAAUUAUUUCGAUUAAUUAAUUCGUCAUAAAUACUUUGUUAUAUCAAGUAUUUAUUUUAUCUCAUACAAAAACAUUUAUUUAAAUUAUUAAUGUAAAUUGACCAUUAAUUAAAAAUUAUCAUUGUCGUAAUAGAUUUAUAAUUUAUGUUAAUAUUAUUAACGCCAUAUGACUCAGAUAUCCUCGUUGAUACCACAUAAUUCUAUUUUCGAAUUUGUAUACAUCUCUUACAAAUUCAUGAAAGAAUAACUGUUUUUUUUUUUUUAAUUAUUCUUAAGAUAAAUAUUGAAUAUAAUUAUGUUUAAAAGAAGAACAAUUUUAAACAAUUUCACUCUGAUGUUAUAUUUUUGUUUUUUCUUCGUUUGUGAAUAAUAUAACUGUUUACUUACAUUUAUAAGUGUAAAAAGUUCAGAACUAUAUUCUCUAUUCAUUGUUAUGAAUGAUAAAUUUUAAAACAAACGUUUUUGAGAUUUAUACAGCAUCCGAGAUUUUAGUCUUCUACAAGUCUCGGGGUUUUUGUUAUGUUUGAGUCGAUUAUGAGAUACACAUAUCAUCCACAUAUGUAUUUUUAGCAUUAAUAUAGUGAUAAAGCCAAUUUAAGUGCCUGAAAGAAAUUAUUAUAGAAAUAGUUUCAUUGAAAAAACAAUCAAUGUGAAACAGUGAACAGUUUUUACAUAUCAAAACAUACAAUGUGUAUAUGUAGAAAAAAUUUAUAUCUUGUAUCAUCGUUACCAUUAUCAUUGUUUUUUGUUGG